UGUUGGUGCACCGUGUUUACGAAUUGAAAUUUGUGGUGGAGGGGCUACACAUGGUUCAAUUUGUAGACAAACCAACAGAUCUCAUUGCAACCAAAUCUGCAUCGACGUACCUCGAGAUAUCAUGGAAACAUCCAAAAAAAACUGGUGUGAAACUUGGUACAAAUAUCUCGAAUCCUCUUACAAGUUAUCUAUUGAUUUUGCUAAAGGAUACUAUGAUUGUUUUUGAUAAAACUCUGAAGGUAACUGACAAAAAAACGUACAACAUUACGAAUCUUGUUCCUUACGCAACGUAUAAAGUUAAUGUAACCGCCGGCAAUUCUGAAGGCUUUGGUAGAUCAACUACAGCUACUUUUAGAACUGCUGAAGAUGUUCCCGAAGGUCCACCUUUAAAUGUUCAAAUUGUCGCCUUAAGCAGUUCAUCGUUAUCAGUUACGUGGGAGCCACCAGACAAGAACAAAACAAAUGGAAAGAUAGUCAAUUACACUGUUUGUAUUACACACUUGGAGAAUGAAAUCUGUUCAAUGAAAUAUAGGAUCGCGGAACAGCGUUUGGACAUAAAUAAUGUGAAACCAGGGACAAAAUAUUAUGUUCGUGUUUUAGCUUCUACAAUAGUGGGAUCUGGAUGUUACAGCAAUGUUACAUGGGUAUUUACAAAUGGAUUGGCACCUGAACUGUCCACCAAGCAGAUUGGAAAUACGUUGACUUAUUUGUUGCAAAAUCCAAAUGUGGAAUAUCGAUAUUUCUAUGUAGUCGCGAUGAAAAAUGUCACAGAAGAGAGUCGACUGCCUUCUAACUUUAACAACACAGACUUAGUGACUUAUUCUAAGGCCAUAUCUUCCACACAACCAAUGCCGUAUAUUGCUGCUGUAGUCUCUCGCAGAGACUUUAAGCCUGAUUUUACACUUGGUCAUGGUGAAAACACAACAUGGCGUUCCAAUGGUGAAAAUUAUUAUAAUGGCCCGCUAAAGCCUGGCACUAGCUACAAAAUAUUUCUGCGCGUUUUCAUAAAUGAUCAGGGUGAUUAUUAUUCCACUGACUGGAGUCCAGUGGCAGCAACUGCCCAAAAGCACUAGUCUUCAGACGGUGGAAAAAUUGGAGCCAUUGCUGGUGCAGUUGUAGCUGCAAUUUUGCUCAUUAUUUUUGUCAUAUUGGUCAUUCUUUUUGUUAGGAUCAAUUCAAACUCUGCUACAGUGCAGUGAACUGCGUAUUGAAGUUAUUUGACGGCUACUAAAAUGGGGGAAGUUGAAUUUUUUUCGCGAAAUUAUUAGACGUUUUCUGAAAUUUAACGUACUAUAGAAGAAUAUGAUUAAGCAUAGAAUUUUA